ACUGCCGGGACAUUUGAAGUAUCCUGUCUGUAUCAGAUCUCUUAUCCUCUGACAGUUUGCUUCUUACUCUGUUGGACAAAACUAUUAUCUUGCAGGCAGCUUUUACACUGUUCAUAUACAUUCUCCCGUCAAGACACAACACUCUCACUCACUGUUAAAGUAUGUAUUUGUAUGUCAUGUAUAUAUAUAUAUUAUAUUUGCUCAGUAAGAUUAAAGGCUAAACGCUUUGGAGCUGGACACGCCGCUUUGUCACAGCCGAGAGAUAAACAGGAAUUAGUACAAAGAAAGAGAGAAAUCUUAACGUGGGAUAAGCAGAUAAAAGAGCUAGCUUCUGUGGAAUGGUUGUUUCUUACAUGCUAUCAGGCUUUCACAGUUGCACCAUCAUCAGAGAGUCAGUAUGCGCAGGCCGUUUGGUUUUGUUUUAGACGUCAUGUGACCCAUUGAGGGCCAAAAGCAACAACACACAAAUAGCUGCCGUGGCGAAUCUCAUGCUUGUUCUACAAAUAAUGUUACAACUCUCCAGAGAGGGUCUCCCAUUACUACAGUUACAUAACAACAACGUACACAAAACUCUCAGGUGUUGGAGCACUUUGCUGGAGUAAAAUGACAUCAUUAAUAAUCGAUAUUGCAGAUUAUCUCACACACACACAGUCUCAAAGGGAGGAUGAUAUUUUCUCCUCCUGAGAUUAGACUACUGUACAUAGUUUAAGUCCCUUCUGGCCUAUUUAUAGUGUUGGCCCUCGCAACAAUGUCAUCUGUAACUCGACUCCAUCUGUUAAGUCAGAGCAUGUUGAAUGUCAGUUGCCAGAAGCAGAAGAGCUGCAGUUCACUUCCCACCGACUCUCCCACAGAGAGCCCCAUGGAGUUUGUGGGACAACCGAGACCUUCUGCGGCCUGUAGCCUCUUAGGAGUGCCAGAACUCAGCUCCUUGGACGUGGACGAUGAUGACUGCGAGGUGGUGAUCGGCAUCAGGCCCAAAUCUUCUCCUCUCCCGCGGAGAAGAAGCUCUGACGAGGACGAGGACGAGGGGCCUGAGCCGCCCUUGUCUGGCUCCAGGAGAGUGUCCUUUGCAGACGCUAAGGGUCUCUGUUUGGUGCAAGUGAAGGAGUUUGACACCUGGGAUGUGCCCAAGCUGCCAGAAUGUGACUCCUCUCAGGGCGGAGGUAGAGAUGCAGAGGAGUACUUCCUGUCUCCUUUAACUUUCUCCCUUCCGUUGUCUACUAACGAGCUCUUAGUUAAUGUCCAGAAGCAGAAAGUGGAGUUGGAGGCCAUCGAGUUACUUCCAGGGAGCACAAUUGUGAAAGGACUGAUCCGUGUGCUCAACAUCUCCUACAAUAAGGCGGUGUACGUCCGAACCACUUUGGACACUUGGUCCAGCCACUUUGACCUCCUUGCAGAGUACAUGCCCGGUUCCAGCGACCUUUUCUCGUUUAAACUCACCCUUGUGCCUCCGUUCGGCGAGGAGGGAGCCAGAGUCGACUUUUGUCUGCGAUAUGAGACUCCGGUGGGAACAUUCUGGGCCAACAAUAACGACAGGAACUAUGUGCUGUUCUGUCACCAGAGAGUGAAAGAGAGGAAAGAGAAACCACAGAAGGAAAAUGUGAAUAAGAAAAGCUGCCUUAAGACUGUCAGUCAGAACUUCUCCACCGUGCAAAACAUUUCUGCGAUGGAAGCUUCAUCUCAGGAAAACAUUUCAACAGAUGUGUCAGAACAUGGAGAGGGAGCGGACACUAUGCAAGUCAAGCAACUCUCUGAUGGCCAGUCGGCAACGUCAGAGGAAGAUCGACUGACCGAGAGCAGACAGAACUGCAGCCAAAGGAUUUGCAGAAAGGCUGCACGGAUGGCUCGGGUGAGGGACUACUUUUCUCAGAAAAAUGGAGGAGCGGAUGAAUCACCUCCAGAAGCAAAGCAGGCAGCCCAAGAAGAAACUGCGGAGGGAAAGCGCUCAGAUGUGCGAUCAUCUCCUGAGGAGAGCGGUAAAUCAGAGGGUCCUCACUUUGUUUCCGAAUCUCUGGAAACAUGUGGCGAACCUCUCCUUGAUGUUCCACAUGAUACGUCAGCAACACACGACUACGCACCAGACAGUGAGACAGCGAAAUCUGAGAGCAUCAGUGCCACAGAUAUCCCAGACAACCCACCGCUUUCAAAUGAUGAGCCUGUUCCUGCAGGAUUCCACAUCGACACGUCUGUUUCAAACGCUGAGGACAGCAACACUGCAGCUGAACCAGCUGAACCAGCUGACAGCAUUGCUUCAGCAGAGAGCAACGAAAGCCUUGUUAGCGACACCAACAGCUUCACAUUUGGAACGGUGGUGGCUCCGCUGUAUCAUCAGGUGUUUGGCAGAGUGGGACGUGAACGUGAUCUGGUAAAUCCAGUUUGGGCUCCACUGAAUGUUGGAGACUUAACUCAAAGUUUCCCUCGCACUGAAAGGGAGUCAAACCACGAAUGCUUAGAUGCCACUCCAAAUGAAGAAGAAGAAGAAGAAGAAGAAGAAGAAGAAGAAGAAGAAGAAGAAGAAGAAGAAGAAGAAGAAGAAGAAGAAGAAGAAGAAGAAGAAGAAGAAGAAGAAGAAAGUUUGAGCGUGACAGCAAACGACAUCCUGGAUCCUGCAGAAACUAUUAUACAUUCAGACCUGAGACACACAAAUACAUUAGAGGUCACGGAAACUAUCUCGGAAGACGCUGUCGUACAUCCUCACGUUGUAAACAUUUUAAAUACAGAUUUGUUGAAUCCACAAAUACCCACCGAGAGUUUACAUCUCCAGGGAAAAGCACAGGAAAACAAUGUCACCCAUGAACUCCAACUACAAGAUCAUACACGCGCUGAAACUGAGACUAAUGUAGGUGACACACUUGCACGAACACAAGAAGUCUUGACCAGUCUAACAUCAUUCAUGUCACCUCAGCCUCCUCACAGUGAAUCAGAGACAGGCGCUAUUCAAGCAAAUGACUGUACGUGUGCAGAAGAGUCAAACAAAGACGAUGAUGUUGGCAAAACAGGAAAUAUGUCAACAACCAAUGUCAUUGAAGAGGAGGAGAAACUAGAGAAGGACGUCACAACACCUCCGAUAUCUCUGGAAACUAAUAAGAACAACUCCCAUAAAGAUGAAACAAAACACUCGGCUGUAAUUAAAGUAAGGGGUGAGGCGGGUGAGGCGGGUGAGGCGGGUGAGGCGGGUGAGGACUUUUGUUUAGCAGACACCACGGAGGUAAACUGGGAAAGGAUGGUUGAAGAAGAGGAGAAAAAUACAUUAACAGAUGAAGAGGAACGUGAGGCAAUACGUUUAGCAACAGUGGAGGAAGACCAAGGAGAGGUGGAGGACCCGGGGAGAGAGACAGCAUCAGAACACAGAGAUACAGCGGAGGUGCACAGAGAGACAAUGAUGGAGGAGAGAAGAACUGCGAGAGAGAAAGAGAACAAGGCCGAUGUUUCAGAGGGCAAGCAUCGGAUUGGAGAGGAGGCAAACGGGGAGAUUGUGUCUGGAAAGGAUGUGGAGGAAGUUGAGAAGGAAUUAGAAGAUGUUCAAGCUGGAGAGGAAGAACUAGCAGAGGAGAGUCAAGAAGAGAAGAUAGAGGAACAGGAGGAGACAGAGUUAGAGAAUCACUUUGCAGAGAUACACGGGGCCAAUAUUGGAAAGACAAGUGACCAAGAUGAAGAGGAGACAGAGGAGGAGGAGGAGGAGGAGGAGGAGGAGGAGGAGGAGGAGGAAGAGGAAGAAAUGACUGACGACGAUGAAGCCUGUGUGGAGAGGGAGGAUCCAGAUUGGGAGGGAAUUCUAUUUGAUGAAACAGGAGAUUCGGAGGUUGUAGAUGAAGAGUCAGAGAGCAUGACAAUAGAGGACAGGGAAGGUGAAGCAGGGUGUUUUGAGGAGAGGUUAGACUUUACACAAAACAAGGUGGAGGAUGGUUUAUCUGCUCCGGUGAACAAUGUGCAGGACGAGAGAGCAUCUAACAUGCAUCUUCACAAAGAGCAAGACUUCCUGAGCGACCUGUGUGCUGCGAGAGAUGACAACGAAUCCGUUGCUGCGGAGGGAGGCUCGUGCAUUUUUACAGAUGAACCUGAAAGCGACCAAUCAAGCGCUUCAGCAGAGUCCGACUCGGACGACGAGGUGGAGUUGUACAUGCACUGUCUGAGAGCCGUGCACACCGGCACACGGGCCCAGAAAGACAGGAACAAAGAUGCAAAGGUGCGGGCCUCUGUAAACAGAAGCAAACUGCUGUCCACACACAUGCCAUCCAUCAGUGAGUCUCUGGAUGAAGAACAACACCUCAGCCGCCCUCAGGACAAUCAGGAGGACACGGAGACAGCAGACAUGCGACACACAGCGUCCAGUGGACAGGAGAGCAUCAAUAGAAAUGUGUCAUGGUGGAAAAAUACUUUUUCCUGCAGCAAUAUCUCACAAACAUUGUUAUACACCACCUUGUUAGUGGUAUUUUUAGUCGUGGUCUACCGUUAUGAUUUUCUGGCCUGCUUCGGGCUCUACUUGAUAUCAGUGGUUUGGCUCUACUGUCACGGAGAGAAGCAGCCAGAGCUGCAGAAGAAAACAACAGAAUAGGUUGAAUUAAAGUGUAAUUUCAUACCACCAUUUCAUAUUUCCCUUCAUCGGAACAAGACCCAUUAGUGAUGGUUGAAGUAGAAGACAGUGAAUGAUAAGGGGCAUUAAUUUAAAGUAAAUAUGACACAUAUCAGAUGCUGUAUAUUCCCUGUGGGAGGAUGCUAACUGUGUUGUCAAGAGUAUAUGAACCAAUUUGUCUUUAUGCUUUACUGUACAUAAAACUAAGCAUCGACUCAGACAACAGGCAGCGGACCAUUGCUCACGCUGAUCAGCUGUGCACAGUGUUAAAUAAGCCGAUCAGUGCGCUGUGUGUGUGGAUGACAUCCAUACAUCUUUGUGUUUGUGUAGGGUACAUUUAUUUUUGAUUGAAAUUAAUAAAUUGUACUGUAGGA